GCCAUAUUGAUUCUUUCCAAUCCUCCCAUCAAAGCAAAUCUCCCGAUUGAUAUCAUCCACCAAAAAAAGUCAUACAUCAUCACAGCCUCGUCACAUUUUCUCCAUUCCACACAAUAAUCCACAAUGGCCAAUUUCCUCGCCUCCAUCUUCGGCACCGAGCUCGACAAGGUCAACUGCUCCUUCUACUUCAAAAUCGGCGCCUGUCGCCACGGCGAUCGCUGCUCGCGAAAACACGUCAAGCCCUCGUACAGCCAGACCAUCCUCAUGCCGAACCUGUACCAGAACCCCGCCUACGACCCCAAGAACAGGAUGAACCCUUCGCAGCUGCAGAAUCACUUUGACGCCUUUUACGAGGACAUCUGGUGCGAGCUCUGCAAGUACGGCGAGCUGGAGGAACUCGUCGUCUGCGACAACAACAAUGAUCACCUCAUUGGAAACGUAUACGCCCGCUUCAAAUACGAAGACUCCGCCUCCGCCGCCUGCGAACAGCUAAACAGCCGCUGGUACGCCGCGCGCCCCAUAUACUGCGAACUCAGCCCCGUCACCGACUUCCGCGAGGCCUGCUGCCGCCUCAAUUCGGGCGAGGGCUGCGUCCGCGGCGGCUUCUGCAACUUCAUCCAUCGCAAGAACCCCAGCGACGAGCUCGACCGGGAACUCACUCUCAGCACCAAGAAGUGGCUCAAGAUGCGCGGCCGGGACGAGCGGAGUGUGAGCCGGUCACCCACGCCGGAGCCCACCAGACGGAGGUUUUAAGAAGGGGGCAUACAAGUACGCGCAAUCAUUGGGAUCUGUUUUGGGAAUCAAGGAUAAUUAGGGAUACAUGUACUCUUGCGCUCAAGGUCUGGCGUUCCGGUGGGCAUCUUCUCAAGCAAAGUUAAUAAGGGAUCAAGAGAGUUUACGAUUGUUAGCAACGUAUCGAGCACAUGAAUCAAAGUUGAUAUAGUUGAUAUAUUUGCCAACCCUCCCAACGCUGCCGUCCCAUCGCAUGCCCGUGUUAAGACCCAAAGACCUGCUCCCUGCCAACACUGAAAAUUAAGCACAAAUGCAUCACGGUGCGCGCCCAUUUAUAUCGUAGCCUAGCCCGAUGUUGUUUGCGCCGUUAUUCUGUCAAGGUAUUUCCUAGCCGCCUAGCCAAUGAUUACUCCCAAGAUUUUUCAUUCCCCACACAAGAUCUUCGA